UCUCGCGUGUGACUUCCGUCGAUAACUCUCUACUUCCGGUCUUUUCCUAGCGGCCAUUAAGACCUCAAAAUGAGCGAAGGUGCGGCCACUAUCAGAACGCGGAAGUUCAUGACCAACCGCCUGCUAAGCAGGAAGCAGAUGGUUGUGGAUGUAAUCCAUCCAGGCAGGGCCACAGUUCCAAAAACUGAGAUUCGUGAGAAGUUGGCCCGCAUGUACAAGACAACCCCAGAUGUCAUUUUCUGCUUCAGUUUCACUACUCACUUUGGAGGUGGGAAAACCUCAGGAUUUGCCCUGAUCUAUGACACCCUAGAUUAUGCCAAGAAAUUUGAGCCCAAAUUCAGAUUAGCAAGACAUGGCCUGGUAGAGGUGAAGAGGACAGGGAGAAAACAGAGGAAGGAGAGGAAGAACAGACAGAAGAAAGUGCGAGGAACAGCAAAGGCCAAGAUAGGAGCAGACAAGAAGAAGAAGUAAACAUGGUGCACACUCCAGUGAUCAAGUAAGAAGACCUGUCCUGAUAUGUACAGUCAUAUAUGUGUCUGGGAUUAAAAAAAAUAAGAAAA